AACUACUAUGGGAAUUUUGUACCAACGUCAGAAAAGGGUAUUCAAAUUAAAACUUCUCAAAGUUGACCAGGUCUGUGUCAAGUUUCACUUUCAAAUAUGUAAUGAAAUGCUAAAACAUGUAUUUUUGAUUUUGCAUAUGUGAGGUGACCUUCCUAAGAUGAUCCUGCUAAAUGACCAGACUUAUAAAGGGAACUUAUAAAGGUGCACGUGUGUGUGUGUGUGUGUGAGCAUUAGAUAUGUCCCAAGCAGGAAAUAUGAUAGACCCAGCAAACAAUAAUGCUCCUUUGGAGUUUAAUGUGAAUAAAAACAAACCAACUUUCACCAUUGCUGACCAAAAGGAGGAAUCAUCAUCAGCAAAUUAUGAAGGACAAUCCUCAUCAACAAAUCAGAGUGAAGGACGGAGCAAGAGUAGAGGAUGGAGCCGGAGAGGUGGUCGCGGACGUUUUCGUGAUAGAGACAGGGCAGUAACAAAUGAAAGAAAAGAUGAUGACAUGCUUUUAACCAAUGAAGGAAACACAGUAGAACAGCCUUAUCAGUCAUUCAACUCGAUGCUCUCUGCUCCCAUGGGUAACAAUAAUAUAUCUGGGUUGAUGCCACAGCCUGAUCUUUCUCAGUGGAAUGUCAUGAAUGCAUUUAAUAUGAUGGGCUUGGUUCCAGAUUCCAACAUGUUGAAUAUGAUGGGAAUGUGUGGCUUUGGUCAGUUUGGCUUUAUGGGAACACCAGAUAUGAAUAUGAUGAAUUCUGGCAUGAUGGUUCCAGGAGCUCCUAUAAAAGAAAUCAUACGUCAUAAGAGUUGCGUUUUAUACCCACCAAAAGCAAAUGCCCCUCCCCCUUCAACACGAGAAAGACCACCUGGCUGUAGAACUGUUUUUGUUGGAGGUUUACCAGAAAAUGCUACAGAGGAAGUUAUAAGGGAAGUUUUUGAGCCUUGUGGGCCAAUAUCAAAGAUUCGUAUGAGCAAGAAGAAUUUUUGCCACAUUCGAUUUGAAAAUGAAGUUUUUGUAGAUGCUGCAAUAUUUCUGUCAGGUUAUCGAAUGAAAUUAGAAGACAAAGAUGAUGCUCCAAAUACUGGACGCCUUCAUGUGGAUUUUGCACAAGCACGAGAUGACCAGUAUGAGUGGGAAUGUCAGCAACGGGCAAUUCAGCGAGAAUAUCGUCACAGAGAACGUAUGGAGCAGGAAAUGUUUUGCCCACCUAGUCCACCUCCUGUUGUGAAUUACUCAGACCAUGAAGCUUCUCUCCUUCAUGAACAACUACGAGGAGACGAGUCUUUCCAAAAUUCUGUUCAAGUUUUAAUCACGUGGCUAGAAAGGGGUGAAUGUAAUAAACGUAACUGUGGCCAGUUUUAUUCUAUGAUCCAGAGCACUAACAGUCAUGUCCGACGCCUCACAAAUGAGAAAAUGCAGUAUGAGGAAGAGUUGAACAAGGCCAGGCAGCUGCUAAAACAACGCAUUCAAGCCAUUAUAAUCCAGUUCAAUCUGAUAGAGAAGGUAUUCACGACCUCCAGUCACCAAAAAGUCAGAGACCAUUUCACCAAGGCUCAAAGGAAGAACAUCGACAUGUGGCAUAAACAAGCUGUGGAAAUAAAGAAUGCCCAGCUGGAAGAAGUCCUAAAUGAAAGAAAAGAGGAUGAAAUGGAUGUGAGUGAUGAAGAAGGUGGGGAUCAGCCAGCAGUAAAAAAGAUUCGGGUUGAGCAAGGAGAAGGGUUCCAUAUUUCUUACGAUGUAACUAACCAGCUGGUAAAUAAUCUGAAAGAAGAAAAUGAUGCUUUGCGCUGUCAGCUUGAAGCUUAUAAGAAUGAAGUGGAAGUGCUGAAAGCAGAAGGAAAGCAAGAUCAAGACAUGAGAGAAAAACAGCUGAAGGUAAUCCAGCAAGCUAUGCAGGGGAUGCAGCAACAGCUUCUAGCAGUCACUCAGCAGAAAAAGAAAGACGAGGAAGAAAUUUUAAAGCUUCGAAAGAUGGUAAAGAAAAUAGAAAUUGCAAAGAAAUCAGAUGUGACUGAAAAAGAUGAAAAUGAAGCUGGGGAAGAAGAAAGAGUUAAGGUUGAUGUUAGUGACCAACAAAAACCUGAUGAGGAAUGUGAAGUGGAAGGGGCUUUACAAACAGAGAUCUCAUCUUCGAGUGAGCCUACUCUGGAGGUCACAGAGAAAGAUGCUCGGUUGAUUGGUAAGUUUACUUGAAGUGUUGUAAUUGUU